UGAAUAAACCAGAAGCUUCUCUAAGCAGUGUGGAUUCUGCGGUGCUGUGUGACAUUUAGCAACUCCACUUUCUACCUUUGGAGACAGGCCUGCCUACCUGUGAGCUCAUUCCGCCUAGUAAGGACAACAACAGCGCUGAAUGAACCGGGGCUUUUGAUUGGGCCUCCAGGCUGCAGCCAAUCCGAGCGCAGGGAAGGAGUCACAGGGAAAGCCACUGCACCUAUCUGCACUCACCUGAUACUUUACCUGGCUGAGCUCAGACCAAAGCAUCUCAUUACCUUUCCAAUACAAUCUCUAACUGAGGCUCAUUGUGUCCCGUAAGAUCCAGCAGUCAAGGUGUUCCUCUGUGUUUGGCUUCACUCGGACAAAGACCAGAAGAGCAGACAUGGCCGUGGCUAAUUUCCACUACAUUACUCGGAUGAGCAGUGGCUUCAAGGUCUACAUUUUAGAAGGUCAGCCACACCUCAGAGGUGAAGACAGAUACAGACAUAUCACAAAUGACCGGGCGCGAGGCCCGACGGUGUAUCCAAUCAAACGCAAGCGCAGCCACGAGAGAGGCCUGACACUGGAGGAAAGGCGAGAGCGGGCACUGAGCAGGUCCAAUGGAAGAGCUGCCCAGAGAGCUGCACCACCAGCACCACCGCAACCACCAGUGCCAGUCCCCUCGGUGUUUAACAAGCCACAGAGCCCCACGUCUACCUGGAGUCCAACACCCAGUCCGACCAGCCCUCUGCCUGCCCAUGUAUACUACACACCAGUCAUGGAUGAACCUCUUGCCCUCAUCAAGAAACCAAGGAAAGACCCAGAGAGCACAGAGGAGAAGACUAAAAGCUCUGCUGCCACUCAAAUCCAGAUGCGUCCCUCUGUGAUCACAUGCGUCUCCUCAUCAAGAACUCCAUCCUGCAGAUCUGAGGUCCACAGAGGCCACUCAUCAGUGAUUUCCAAAUGCAACUACGACCACGUAGUCGAGGAGCAUUUCCAGAGGAGCCUCGGAGCGAACUAUCAGAAAGCUCGCUCCCAGCAGCUCUCCAUCAGCGUGUCAGUCGACGACCACUUCGCCAAGGCUUUGGGAGACAAGUGGCCGCUGAUUAAAUCCAAGUCUACGUCUUGUUCCUCCACACCUCCAAGCAGUCCAAGCGUUACUCACUCCCCAACCUACAGCCACAGCCCAAAUCUUUCCCACAAAGAGUCCACCAGCAGCUCAUCGCCAACCUCCAGCCACUGGUCUGUCAAUUAAAACAAAAAAAAAACGACCUCCACGACGUGGAAAGAAACUGGACUUAAACAUUUCACAGCGUGCAGCUCUGCUUGCUGAGCAAUGGAAAACGCCAGCGCAUAGUGUUUGAGAGAGGGGCGAGCUAACAGGAUGCAGGAGUGCUGUCACUUUGGGACCUCCGUGUGUGUGUGUGUGUGUGUGUGUGUGUGUGCGCUUCAGAUUUAAGACACACUGACACAAAUGUAGCAUCAAUUUGUGACGUUUUGUUACGUUUCUGUCCUCUGCUUGUCGAUAGCGUCCCUGAGAUACUGUAGAUGGUGAUGUGGGAUGGUUGAAAAAAAAAAAAAAAAUCAGCCAAAUAAUUCCUUUACAUUUCUUUGACUUUGAGUCGUUCUCUUAAUGCAAUAACUGAAUGGCACGAUUUCAUUGUAUUAUAUUUAUGUUGUGAUACACUUGGGUUCCUUACAGUCUGAAUGACUAGCCUAUCCGCUGUAUGAUGUUACGCUUAUAAGCUGUACACAGAACAAAGACUUUCAAAAGGACUUUGUAAAAAAUAAAAAUCUCAAAA